AUGGUUGCUCAACUGCAGUUGUCAUAUCAGGUCAAGUGCCAGAUGCCAUUUUGGACAAUUGCAGCUGUUGUCAUGUAUGGUCUGAGGAAUGCUCUUGUCCCUACCCGCGUGUGCAAGUUCAACAUAGCCUUCUUUAACCUUGACAUAGAGUCUGCGGCUAUCCAUGGACCGCCACUUAAAGAGCUACCUUCUUGUGACUGGAGCAAGACUGUGGCAUCAUCUGUCAACGUUGUGUCCUUGAAGGUUAUCAAAUCCGAUGUGGGCUACCCUAUCAGUGUAUUUGGUAUUGUUCUCGCAAGGGAUGCGGUCGACUACAAAUGUGUGUAUCUCUUCAAGCGUGGAAGGGAUGAUCCCCAGCUCAUCAACUCUUCGGAGGAUGAAUUAACUUUAACAGGACCGCGUCGAGCAUUUAUUGCACGAGAUAGCAUGUUUUUUGAGAUUAACUUAAAGAUCAAGGGUGCUUCUGGGAUUGCAGAAGGAGAUUUUAGCAAAGGUGUAGUGGAGCACAAUCUCAACUGCUAUGGUGGUCGAGCUAUGGCUCGGUGUCUGACUAGUUGGCGUAGCACAGUUGAAUUGGUAUGCAUCCCUGUUCGGCAUCCUGUGGAAGCCACCCUUGAAGUCAAAAUUCUGGAGGGACCUCAUGGUGUGCCUUUCCGUGGCAAAGUGAUUGCUUGGACCGAUGACUUCGAAGAGAAUCCUAUGACCCUAUUCGAAUACGAUGAUGACAGCAGCGAAGAGGUUGCAGGUGGUCAGGGAUUAGUCAGAGACGAUGGCUCUCUUGCGCUAGCUCGUAAUUUGAUAGCUGUCCCUAUCAACAAGGAUGACGGAGAAAUGGUGCUCAAUGUCUGCUUUGUUGAUAACCAUUAUGAAAACGAAGGCACUGUGGUCACUCUGCAAUACCCUUGUGAAGAGGAGUUUUGCACAUAUGGUUCCUACGUACUUCAGUUGAAGGUUGCGUGGAAAGCUAUUCUAACCAGGCCAAUAUCGAGAGAAGUCCAUAACAGAUUGUUUUCUCUGCCACAGCCCCAACUAACUGUCAACUCGUGGAUGUGGGAGUUGGUAUUCCAAGGUAGUCGCGGAUCCUUUGGUGAAAAUCUAAACUCGUAAUGUCUCAGUUGGUAGGUCGCGUUCCGGGUUUUAUUUUAGUCCCACCAUUUUUGUC